AUGGCUGGGGUAGAACCAUUUUUAACAGAUGGCAAUCAGGAAUUAUUUCCCUGUGAAGUCUGCGGAAGAUGCUUUGCAGCAGAUGUUCUGGAAAGGCAUGGACCAAUAUGUAGAAAACUCUUCAACAAGAAGCAUAAGCCUUUCAAUUCCUUGAAACAAAGAUUACAGGGCACCGACAUUCCGAUUUUGAGGAAGCCUCCUCAAUCCAAGCCCCAACCUGUGAAGAAAUCAAACUGGAGACAACAACAUGAAGACUUCAUUAAUGCAAUUCGAUCAGCAAAGCAGUGCACUCUAGCCAUUAAAGAAGGCCGGCCUCUCCCACCUCCGCCUCCUCCUUCCAUCAACCCAGAUUAUAUUCAAUGCCCAUAUUGUAUGAGGAGGUUUAAUGAAACUGCAGCCAACCGUCACAUUAAUUUCUGCAAGGAUCAGUCUUCUCGCCGAGUCUUUGAUCCAGCCCAAACAGCAGCCAAGCUGGCAUCCAGAACGCAGGGUAAGGCUCAGACGGGCGCCAAGAAAGAACCAACUGUAACUAGUGCCGUGGGUGCUCUGCUACAGAACAGGGCCCUGGAGGCCUCAAGUGCAGCUUCAGCUAGGCCAGGAUUAGCAGUGGACCCUGCUUCUGGAGCAAAACUCAGACAAGGAUUUACCAAAGCUAAGAAAGAUUAACUGCUGGAGGCCAGACUGUCUCCCUGAAACCCAGCAGCCUGACGGCUGGGUACCCGGGAAUGCCAACGAGGGGAAGGAAAGAGAGACAUCUGCUUACACACCCAAGAUUCCUUGUGAGACAUCAUGUAGAACAAGUGAAAACAAGCUUCAAGUUUUAUUCACUCCUUUCAAAAUUUUCAAAACAAAUCAUUCAACAACACACUGACCUGUAUGAUAAUGCUUGUUUUAAAGAUUCACUUGAAAAAAAUUUUAAUUGGAUUAUUUAAUAAGUUUUUAAGGAGAAUGUUGCUUCAUAGUAAGAACCUCUUACUGAAACAGUCUUUGGAGUAUUAGCAUAUUUACUUACUAGGAAAAUGUUUUACCUAGCUUCAGUCUACAAAGCUGUGAAAUCCCAGCUUUGAGAAGGGCUUCAACAUUAAUUAACAACUACUUUUUUUUUAAACGUCCAUUUGUAUGCAUUUGGAAUUGUUCACAUACACCAAUGCAACCAGUGCAGAGUUUUGGGGACAACACUGCAGUGGAGGGAACAGGUUACAAUCAUCUUCCCACCCUGUGCUAAGGAAGCUCGAAGUGACCUCAGGCCAUUUAUUUAUCGUGGCCAAAUCCUAAGUCUACUGUUCAUUUUGCCACUGGCUUUUAUAGUUCUGUUGGGAGGUGGUAUCUCAACGAUUCCUUCUCUUUGCCAUCCUAAGGGUUAAUAAACUUUUUUUU